UUAGCACGUCUCAUUAGUUUUUGAAUAUGCAUACUUGUCUUCAUCUUGGUUUUUUUUUGUACACAAAUAGUUAACGAUAAAAGUGCUUAAUAUAAACGGUUCCUGUUUACUUGCAGAUGUUCUGGCUGCUGCUGAAACGGCGUUGAAGUGUGGGAACCCAGUGAAAUUCAGUUUAUCCACAACAGGCAAACGGACAACUUGAUCGCAGCUGGCACAACGGCAACAACAGCAAUAUGGCUAUGUCCAAAGUGAUUCGGGUGCUGGAGAAGUCAAUAGCGCCCUCGCCGCACAGCGUUUUACUGGAGCAUCGCAACAAGACGGAUUGCAUUCUGUUCGAAUCUCAUGUCUGUGCACUCCUCACCCAGCAGGAAAAUGUUAUACGCAAGCAGUAUACGAAGGUCUGCGAUGCCUACGGUUGCUUGGGCGCACUUCAGCUGAAUGCUGGCGAGAGCACAGUGCUCUUCCUGGUCCUCGUCACCGGAUGCGUGUCCAUGGGCAAAAUUGGCGACGUGGAAAUCUUUCGCAUCACGCAGACGACAUUUGUAUCGCUGCAGAAUGCGGUGCUAAACGAGGAUAAGAUUAGCGAGGUGCGCAAGCUGCUGAACUCGGGCACCUUUUAUUUUGCCCAUACGAAUCCCUCAGCUGCCGGAGCAGGAGCUGCAUCGCAGAGCACCAAGUUUGACAUCACGUUGUGUGCACAACGACGCUAUCAGACGGAGGAGACGGAUAAUCGUUUCUUCUGGAAUCGCAUGAUGCACAUACAUUUGAUGCGAUUCGGCAUCGAUUGCCAAUCCUGGCUGCUGCAGACCAUGUGCGGUUCCGUGGAGAUACGCACUGUCUACAUUGGCGCCAAGCAGGCACGAGCUGCCAUCAUCUCCCGCCUGAGCUGCGAGCGUGCAGGCACGCGUUUCAAUGUGAGAGGCACCAACGACGAGGGAUAUGUGGCGAACUUUGUAGAGACGGAGCAGGUCAUCUAUGUGGACGGUGAUGUGACGAGCUAUGUGCAGAAUCGAGGAUCAGUGCCGCUCUUCUGGGAGCAGCCAGGUGUUCAGGUCGGCUCCCACAAGGUGAAGCUAUCACGUGGCUUUGAAACGUCUGCCGCCGCCUUUGAUCGCCACAUGAGCAUGAUGCGACAGCGCUAUGGCUACCAGACCAUUGUCAAUCUGCUGGGCAGCUCGCUGAUUGGCAGCAAGGAGGGCGAGGCAAUGCUCAGCAACGAGUUCCAGCGUCAUCACGGCAUGUCCGCCCACAAGGAUGUGCCACACGUGGUCUUCGACUAUCAUCAGGAGUGCCGCGGCGGCAACUUCUCCGCCCUGGCCAAGCUCAAGGAACGCAUGGUGGCCUGUGGGGCUCACUACGGCAUUUUCCAUGCCGUUAACGGACAAGUAUUGCGGGAACAGUUUGGAGUCGUGCGCACCAAUUGCCUGGACUGUUUGGAUCGCACCAACUGUGUGCAGACGUACUUGGGAUUGGACACGCUCAAUCUUCAGCUGGAGGCACUCAAGCUGGGCGGAAAGCAGCAGAAUGUCUCGCGCUUCGAGGAAAUCUUUCGCCAGAUGUGGAUCAACAAUGGCAACGAGGUCAGCAAAAUCUAUGCCGGCACUGGCGCCAUUCAAGGUGGAUCCAAGCUAAUGGACGGUGCUCGAUCUGCAGCACGCACCAUACAAAACAAUCUGUUGGACAACUCGAAGCAGGAAGCCAUUGAUGUGCUGCUCGUGGGUUCGACGCUCAGCUCGGAGUUGGCGGAUCGUGCGCGUAUCCUGUUGCCCUCCAACAUGUUGCAUGCACCGACAACAACGUUGCGAGAGCUUUGCAAGCGCUACACGGAGUAUGUGCGUCCUCGGAUGGCGAGAGUCGCCGUGGGCACUUACAAUGUGAAUGGAGGCAAGCAUUUUCGCAGUAUUGUGUUCAAGGACUCACUGGCGGAUUGGCUGCUCGACUGUCAUGCCUUGGCGCGCUCCAAGGCGCUGGUGGAUGUCAACAAUCCGUCGGAGCAUGCCGAUCAUCCCGUCGACAUCUAUGCCAUUGGCUUCGAGGAGAUUGUCGAUCUGAACGCAUCGAAUAUCAUGGCUGCCAGCACGGACAAUGCCAAGCAGUGGGCGGAGGAGCUGCAGAAGACCAUCUCGCGGGACAAUGACUAUGUGCUGCUCACCUACCAGCAACUGGUCGGUGUCUGUCUGUACAUCUACAUACGGCCGGAGCAUGCGCCUCACAUACGUGACGUCGCAAUUGAUUGUGUAAAGACGGGCCUGGGAGGUGCCACUGGCAAUAAGGGCGCCUGUGCCAUUCGCUUUGUCCUGCACGGCAGUUCCAUGUGCUUUGUGUGCGCCCAUUUUGCCGCCGGACAAUCCCAGGUGGCGGAACGGAACGCUGACUAUGCGGAAAUCACACGGAAAUUAGCUUUUCCCAUGGGUCGUACUUUGAAAUCGCAUGAUUGGGUUUUCUGGUGUGGAGAUUUCAACUAUCGCAUCGAUAUGGACAAGGAUGAGCUGAAGGAGUGCGUCCGUAACGGGGAACUGUCCACCGUGCUGGAGUUUGAUCAGUUGCGCAAGGAGCAGGAGGCUGGCAAUGUGUUCUCCGAGUUUCUUGAGGGGGAGAUCACUUUCGAUCCGACCUACAAAUAUGAUCUCUUCAGCGAUGACUACGACACAUCCGAGAAACAGCGUGCGCCCGCCUGGACAGAUCGCGUGCUCUGGCGACGUCGCAAAGCGCUGGCCGAAAGUGAUUUUGGUGGCGCCGCCGCUGCAGCCUGGAAUCCCGGCAAGCUCAUACACUAUGGACGCUCGGAGCUGAAGCAGAGCGAUCAUCGGCCCGUCAUUGCCAUUAUCGAUGCCGAGAUCAUGGAGAUUGAUCAGCAGCGCCGUCGAGCAGUCUUCGAUCAGGUUAUUCGGGAUCUGGGACCACCCGAUUCCACCAUUGUGGUGCAUGUGCAUGAAGCGUCUGCAGAUGCGGAUGAGGAUGGACCAACCAUAUAUGAUGAGCAUGUCAUGUCUGCGCUGAUCGCAGAGCUCUCCAAGAUGGGCGAGGUGACCCUAGUGCGCUACGUCGAGGACACCAUGUGGGUGACCUUCCGCAAUGGAGAAUCCGCACUCAACGCGGCCGCCAAGCGCAGCACACAGGUUUGUGGCUUGGAGCUGGUCUUCGAGCUGAAGACGCCCGAUUGGCCACAGCAAGUGGACAGUGAGAUCGAGCUGUGCACUUCUAAUACGAUUCCCCUGUGCGUCAAUCCCGCAGAGCAGGCUCAGCUGCUGCAGUUGUCGCCAGAGGUGCCACAACGGCCCAAGCAACCACCCACACGUCCGGCACCAGCGCGUCCGCCCAUGCCCAUGUCUCCAAAGAACUCGCCACGUCAUUUGCCGCACGCUGGCGUCAUUAGCAUUGUGCCCAAACCGGCUAAGCCUCCGAUGCCGCCACAGCCCAUGAUGCAGGCACCAUUGCAGCCGGUUCAGGUAGCGCCACCACGUCCACCGGCUAUGGGCGACACCACGCCCUCAUCCAAGUCACAAUCCCCCACAGAGUUGGGCUCGCCAUUGCAUGCCACCUCCGUGAGCUCCUCAAGCUCCUCAUCCGGCAAAGUGUCGCCCAUAGGCGCCACUGUCCCCUCUGGACCACCAACACCACCACGUCAGAUGCAAAGCAAACCGGCCACGCCCGUCUCAACGCCCACACGCCAGUCAAAGCAAUCAUCAGUGGAGCAACCAUCGCCUUCAGACACCGCCUACGAGACGGCCAGCAAUAUCUAUGAAGAGAUCCAGGACGAUGUGCCGGCACCGCGUCAUCCACCGCCAGCCGCACCACCGCCAGUCAUUGCCGCCCUGGACAGUCCACUCCGUCAGCCAGUAGCCGCUCCACCCCUGGGUCCCCCGCCACCGCUGCCCAAUCGUCGGGGACCUCCACCAAUACCAAAUCGUAGCGGAAAUGCACCGCCGCUGCCAACACGCCCCUCAAAUAACUAAAGAUGUGACCGGAAGGCACGCUGUCUAGCACUUGGUACAAAUGGCAGUAGUCGACUCAAUUACAUUCCCAAUUGUUGUAUUUAUCGUUGAAAAUCGCAAAAACAAAAAUUUAAAUAUAAACGCAUAUAUAUUUUGUUGCCAAUUGUAAAAUAGAAUAUUAUUUACAUGCAUAUUGAAGUGUUUCCAGGCAAUAAUUGAAACUGAAUUUGUGUUAAACUAUUUUAAGCGAGCGAAAAGAUUGUAAAUCAAGUAACGCUUACGAUUUGAAUGUUUAUGUUUCUGUUAUACACACAACUACAAAUAUAUGUUUAACAGAUGAGAACAUAAUUACUUAACCAACACUGGCCAGACGUACUCACUAAUAAUGCACCAAAUAAACUAAGUAUUUACGUAUUUAUGUUAACCAUAGCGAGCAAUCCGAACAAAAACGUAUAUGAAAAAGUAUUAAAUAUGUAUAUGUUUAAACAAUUGUAGCCGUACUAGUCAAAUUAUGAAAUAAAACAAUGUGUUAAAAAUGAAAAGUAUUUUCAGAAUACAAAACAUGAAAUAAAAUAUAUCAAUAUAAUAUUAAACCAACUGUUGUAGUUGUAGUAAAAAACUGAACCAUUACCUUGCUCGCAAUACUACUUAUAUUUACCCACUUACACUGUAAUAUCAUUUGUUAUCAGACAGAGAUUAAAACUAAUGCGUUGAAUUUACUUAAGUUGAAUUGAAAAUUAACCUACAUAAUCAAUAUCAAAGAGAUCACAAAUUGAAAUCUGUAUUUAAAUGUUGAUGAAAUUGUAAAAAAAAAUAUUUAAUCAGCCAAUCAAUCGAUUAAUCGAUGAAUAAAUAUGCCACUUAUGUCGAAAUUGAAAUAGAUUGUA